UUAAUUUGCUUGGGAAAAGACAAAAAGCAGUGCGUCUCUUUUCGUUUAUCUCUACUCCUAUUACAGAGCUGAUGAGUUGAGUUGAGCUGAAGCAGCUGCUAGAAAGAAAAAGCUUUUGCGAGAAGCAAACUUUCUUUCGCUUUUCUUUUAGAAACUUUUCUCAAAUCUGAAACACAACUUUUAAUUUCUCUAAGUUGAUCUCCUCUCUCUCUGUCUCUCUUCUUCACUUACAGUACCCUCUCGUUGAGCUUUGUGUGUCUGUUAAUGAGAGUGAAUCAGCAAAAUGUUCACUGAAGGACUCGACUCCAAUGCACUCCGCUGGGUUCGACAGAACCAGAAACAACAUUCGCUCUCAUUGAAGCCAUCAGCAAUAACAACAGCAAGAAUUGAUCCGAUCACUAACCGCCGAAGCAACCGCGGCGGAUUUGAUUUACCUCCGCCUUCUAAAUUUAGAAGCGGACACCUCCCGCCCUCUGCGAUUCCGGUAUCCAGAACCACCGAUGACUCCGCAUCUGACGAUGUAACAAUAGAGUCAGACGAAGAGGACGAUAUUUACGGCCGAGGACACUAUUCUCUCGAUUCUUCACCUCAAGAUGAUAGAACUGGAAGAGUUUCUAAUUCCGCUACAUUCACCGGUCAAAGAGGAGUCAACGCGCGUUACGCUACUGACUAUCUUUAUUCUGAUGUCAGUUCCUCUAUGGAUACAGUCGCUGAGAGCUUCCCUAGAAGGAAUGAUAAUCAGAGGUUUCCGGUUUAUACGGAAGAGGAAGAUGAUUAUGAGGAGUCGGAUUCUGGUCGUAGUUCGGAGUAUUCUACUACGCAAGGCGGCGGUGGUGGGAGUAUUAGUAGUGCUUUGCCUGAUAGGAAAAGUAGGCUUCGUGUUUCUGAAGGAUAUGCUUCGAGCGUAACAUCUUCUCAGGUUAAUGAUAAUAAUAAUAAUGCGGAACACAUUGUGAGAAAGGAUUUGCAUCGUGGAGAACUGUUGAGCGAGAAAUUUCCUUAUGACGUUAAUGUUCCCAGUGCGCCUCCAAUUUGUGGUUCUUCCGAGAAAAUUGAAGAAAGCGCUGUACUGGCAUCUGGAGUGCAUAAAACCACAGGCAUUGCAGUUUCAUGUGGUUUAUCAAACAAUAAUGGCACAAAUACUAUCAAGCCUAUGCCUGCAGUUGAACCAAAAAAUAAUUCUGUAAACAAAAAUCAUGAUCAGUUCAUAAGAACAACUACCGGUGCAGAAGUUGCCGUUCCUCCAGCUAGACUCCCAACAUUUCACGCAAGUGCGUUAGGGCCAUGGCAUGCUGUCGUUGCAUAUGAUGGAUGUGUGCGGCUUUGCCUUCAUGCUUGGGCAAGGGGGUGCGAGGAAGCUCCUAUGUUCUUGGAGAAUGAAUGUGCUUUGUUGCGGGAGAAAUUUUGUGUGCAGAAUGUUCUAUUGCAGUCAGAGGAGGAACUAAUGGAAAAGCGCUCUUCUGAGCUUGUUACUGAGGGUCCUGCUGCAAAAUCAAAGAAAAUUGUCGGGAAGAUGAAGGUGCAAGUGCGUAAAAUAAAGACAGUUGUUGACCCUCCUACUGGCUGUAGUAUGCCAUCUCUUACUCUUAGGGCGCCAAAGCUAAAACUCGAAACUGUUCGAUAUCGGUUCUCCAAAUUCCACUCAACACUUUGUACUGCUUGGCAAGCUUUUCGGAAAGUUCGUAUUGCACAUCGUAUGCCCACUAAUGGUUCCUUCUCUCGCCAAAGCUUGGCAUAUGUGCAUGCCAGCACUCGGUAUAUUAAACAAGUGUCUGGACUUCUGAAGACUGGUGUAACUAGUUUGCGUAAUAGCUCAUCCUCAUAUGAAGCUGUGCAAGAAACAUACACUUGUUUGUUACGACUGAAAAGUUCAACAGAUGAAGAUGCCAUCCGAAUGCAGCCUGGAUCUAAUGAUAUCCAUUUGUUCUUUCCAGAUAGUCUAGGGGACGACCUAAUUGUUGAAGUCCAAGAUUCCAAGGGGAAUAACUAUGGCCGUGUCCUUGUUCAAGUUGCAACUAUUAUUGAAGAUCCGGUUGAUAAGCUGCGCUGGUGGUCUAUAUAUCGAGAGCCGGAACAUGAGCUUGUUGGCAAACUACAACUUCAGAUUAAUUACUUGACAAACUCAGAAGACAGUAAUCUCAAGUGUGGUUCUGUAGCAGAAACAGUGGCAUAUGACCUUGUUCUAGAAGUUGCUAUGAAGGUUCAACGUUUUCAGCAAAGAAAUUUAUUGCUCCAUGGUUCCUGGAAAUGGCUCCUUACUGAAUUUGCCUCAUAUUACGGGAUUUCUGAUGUCUAUACCAAGCUCAGGUACCUCUCCUAUGUAAUGGAUGUGGCUACACCUACAGCUGACUGCCUGACUUUAGUGUAUGAUUUUCUUUUGCCUGUCAUUAUGAAGGGGCACAGCAAGAGCAUGUUGAGUCAUCAAGAGAACCGACUCUUGGGAGAAAUCAAAGAUCAGAUUGAACAAAUUCUUGGUUUAGUUUUUGAGAACUACAAGUCUCUUGAUGAAUCAGCAUUAUCGGGUAUCAUGGAUGUUUUCAAGCCAGCAACCGGGCUUGCAGUACCUGCAUUAGAACCUGCUGUGAAACUAUAUACUCUUCUUCAUGACAUAUUCUCUCCAGAAGCCCAAACAAAUCUGACCCUCUAUUUCCAGGCUGCUGCUAAGAAAAGAUCAAGAAGGCAUUUAACUGAGACAGAUGAAUUUGUUACUAACAAUGAAGCUACUUUGAUGGAUUCUCUUGCAAUGUCCACAGCAUACCAGAAGAUGACUUCUCUUUGUUUGAACAUCAAAAAUGAAAUCUCUACUGACAUUGAAAUCCACAAUCAACAUAUCCUUCCUAGUUUUAUAGACCUUCCAAGUUUAUCUUCAUCCAUUUACAGCACAGAGCUUUGCAAUAGAUUGCGGGCAUUCCUGCUUGCAUGUCCUCCAUCUGGUCCUUCACCUCAUGUAGCAGAACUCGUUGUUGCAACAGCUGAUUUUCAGAGGGACCUUGCUGGCUGGAGCAUCAGUCCUGUGAAAGAAGGAGUUGACGCGAAAGAGUUGUUCCAUUUGUAUAUUAUGCUAUGGAUUCAAGACAAGCGCCUUUCUUUGCUCGAGUCGUGUAAACUAGAUAAGGUAAAAUGGUCGGGAGUCAGGACUCAACACUCAACCACUCCCUUUGUCGACGAAAUGUAUGAUCGUCUUAGAGAGACUAUUGACAACUAUGAAGUGAUCAUAUCCCGAUGGCCAGAAUAUAUUUUUGUGCUUGAAAAUGCUAUUGCUGAUGUUGAGAAGGCUGUCGUGGAAGCUUUGGACAAACAAUAUGCAGAUGUACUGGCACCAUUGAAGGAGAAUUUGACUCCAAAGAAAUUUGGCUUCAAGUAUGUUAAAAAGCUUACUCAACGAUCUGUGUGUGCAUAUACAGUUCCUGAUGAGCUUGGGAUUCUGUUGAAUUCUAUGAAGAGGAUGCUUGAUGUCCUGCGUCCCAAGAUAGAAACUCGGUUCAAGGCUUGGGGAUCUUGCAUACCUGAUGGUAGAAACACAGCUCCUGGAGAGCGCCUUAGUGAAGUGACUGUGAUGCUGAGAGCCAAGUUUAGGGGUUAUGUGCAAGCAGUUGUAGAAAAACUAGCAGAGAACACCAAGUUGCAGAAUUCUACAAAACUAAAAAAGAUUCUCCAAGAAUCAAAAGAAUCUGUGGUGGAGUCUGAUAUAAGAAGCAGAAUGCAGCCGCUAAAAGACCAGCUGACGAAUACAAUUAACCAGCUUCACUCUGUUUUUGAGACUCAUGUCUUCAUCGCAAUAUGUCGAGGUUAUUGGGACCGGAUGGGGCAGGAUGUUCUUAGUUUCUUGGAGAACAGAAAAGAAAAUAGGUCUUGGUACAAAGGAUCACGUAUAGCAGUUUCAGUCCUGGACGACACCUUCGCCUCACAGAUGCAGCAGCUGCUUGGCAACACAUUACAAGGGAAAGAUCUGGAGCCAACAAGAUCGAUCAUGGAAGUCCGCUCGAUACUCUGCAAGGAUGCCCCUAAUCAGAAGGACAGCAGCUUCUACUUCUGAAAAUGGUCAUUUUUGUGCGCAGGUAGUUUGUCUGUCUGUCAAGAAUGCAUUAUACAUACCCUGUUGCUGCAGCCAAUUUUGACGAGGGAGCAAGCAGCUCAAUUGCUCUGGAUUCACCACUUUUUAAAGGCAAUAAAGCUGCUUUUGUAGAUUUUUGGUACAAAAUAUAUAUAGUAGCACUUGAAACUUUAUUUCUUAAUACUGAUUCUGUAAACAUCUCCAUAUAAAUAUAUUAAUAGAUUUCUCUUC